GUGCCCACUGUGCAUGCGCGAGAAGCGCCGUGCUUUGUGAAUGGUCCGGUGUCUUCUGAAACACAUGACAGGUCCCAGAAGGCUCCGGGCCAUUCACAAAGCGCAGCGCUACUCGUGCAUGCACAUCUCUGGUCAUCCCCUGUAUCGUGUCUGCAGUCUCUGGCCAUCUCCUGUACCGUGUCCGCAGUCUCUGGUCAUCCCCUGUCCUAUGUCCGCAGUCUCUGGUCAUCUCCUGUCCUAUGUCCGCAGUCUCUGGUCAUCUCCUGUCCUAUGUCCGACGUCUCUGGUAAUCUCCUGUACUGUGUCCGCAGUCUCUGGUCAUCUCCUGUACUGUGUCUGCAGUCCAUUGGUUCAGAAUAUUUUUUUUCUUGUUUUUCUCCUCUAAAACCUAG